AGGACAUUUCUCUAUUCGGUUAUUCCAACUAAUAAAAUUUAAUUGGGAGGGUUGGUGGAAUUUGGAAGGAUUAACGAUCCUUAUCCCAUCCUCAUCCUUACAAACACACUUCAUCUUAACCAAAACAUUUCUACCAAGCUCAAAUCACCAUGGAUACCAUAAUUCUUUUCAAAUACUUCACUUUCUUCCUAGCAACAUACUUCAUCCUCAAAUAUGCAUUUUUAGGCUCUAAACUUAAAAAGCUACCACCAAGCCCAUUUCUCUCCUUUCCAAUUAUAGGCCAUCUAUACCUGUUCAAAAAGCCGCUACACCGUUUCUUAGCCAAUAUAGCGACUAAACAUGAUCCGAUCCUCUAUCUGAAGUUUGGAUCCAGACCUAUUAUUUUACUCUCUAACCCAAGUGGAGUAGAGGAGAGUCUAGGUCGAAACGAUGUAUUUGUUAAUCGACCUAGGCUUCUCCCUGGAAAAUAUAAUGGAAAUAAUUAUACUACUAUUACAUGGGCUCCAUAUGGGGCCCUUUGGAAGAAUCAACGUAGGAUCUCAGCUGUUGAGAUUCUAUCUCCUCAACGGCUGCAGAUCUUAUCAAGAAUUCGGGCUGAUGCAGCCCGAUUUUUCAUCAUUAAGAUGAUGAAAUUGAUAGGUAAUACUAAAGAUGGUGUUGUGGAGAUGAAAUCUAUCAUAUUUGGGCUUACUUUAGAUAAUUUAACAAGGAUGAUAAUAGGAAAAAUAAACUAUGAACAUAAAGAUGAAUAUUUAAGAGGGUUUGAUAACUUAGUUGAGCAAAGUUCUAGUAGAAGUGGGAUUUCAAAUUUGGAAGAUUUUCUACCUAUUUUGAAGUGGUUUAGGCCAUUUUGGGGGACAAAUAACGAGAAGAUAUUGAAGAAGACUAAAGACGGAAAGGAAGAGAUGAUGAAAGCAUUGUUGGAAGAACAUAGAAAAUUGGAGAAAGAUGGAAACUUGGGUGAGGAUAGAACGAGGUCAAUGUUACAUGUUUUACUAUCUUUGCAAAAGGAGGAUCCUCACUAUUAUACCGAUGAGUUGAUUGGAUACCUUAUAUUGGCUCUUUUUCAAGCUGGGGUAGAUUCUUCAUCAGCAACCUUAGAAUGGGCACUUAGUCUUCUCGUUAACCAUUCAGAAAUCCUAAUAAAAGCGCAAUCAGAAAUAGAUACAAAUAUUGGAUACAAUCGUCUAGUAGAAGAAUCCGACAAAAACAAUCUUCCUUACAUUCAAUGCAUUGUGAAUGAAACAUUACGUAUGUACCCAACAGUUCCAUUAGCACUACCUCGAGAAUCCAUAAGUGAAUGCGAAAUAGGAGGAUACCAUAUACCAAACAAAUCAAUGCUCAUAUAUAACAUAUGGGCUAUACAUAAUGAUCCCAAUAUUUGGGAAGAGCCACGAAAAUUCAAACCAGAGAGAUUUGCCGGUGUUGAAGGGACUAGAUUAGGGUACAAAUUCUUACCUUUUGGUAUUGGUAAGAGGGUUUGUCCAGGGGAACAUUUAGCAAAUAGAGUUCUUUGGUUAAAUUUGGCGUUAAUGAUUCAAUGUUUUGAGUGGGAAAGAGUUAGCCAAGAAUUGGUUGAUAUGAAAGAAAGUGGUGGUGUUUCAUUGACUAAGCUUGAGCCUCUAUUGGUUAAAUGUCGUCCUCGUUCAUGCAUGAUAGAUUUACUUUCUCAACUCUAAUUAAGGCAUAGUAUAUCAUGUAUCACUCACUAUAUGUAACAUAAAUAAAUAGUAUAUCAUGUAUCACUCACUAUAUGUAACAUAAAUAAAUAAGAUAUUGUAAUCGGUGACGGAUCUAGAACUCAUACUCAGUUGGAGCAAAAUUAAUAUAAAAUGAUUUAACAAAAAUCAUUUUGUCAAUCACAU